AUGGCGAUAUAUAGUCCGAGACUAUGGUGGGUCGCCAUUACGUUACUGUUGUGGGCACCACACACACACUGCAGAGAAUUCACACACGAAGAUAUCAGAGACGCAAUGCUAUCAUUAGUUCACAUGAUCAGACUGUCAGAAGACAAACUGGAACGACACGAGCUACGCGAGAGAUCACUGGGUGAACAAGUUAAGAAAAUGCUCAAUAAUCUCGAUAAGAAACACAGAGCUUUGGAGCCGUUGAAAGGCAUGAUAUCAAGACUAGAUGAUCGUCUUUCCAACGUUGAAACUAUACUACUACAGAAAGAAGAGCGUGAGAAGUCAUCACAAAAUAAAAUUAAUGAAGUUUUAGGAAACAUUCAAAAGACUCUAGUAACAUUGAUACCAGCGCCCAAAGCAUCCACGGAAUUAGACAACAGCUUGACUGUGAACGACGACUUACAAAAGAGAUUGGACGCGACGGACGCUAAAAUAGAUGCAGUCAAUAAAGAAAUAAUAAAUCUAAAGCACAGUUUAAAUCCGGACGCGUUGCGCGCCAUGUGCUUAGAUGUAGCUUCAGAUAUGAAUCCAUUCGAGAAACACAUCUCGGAGGCUGAGAAGUUACUAAGCAAGUACGAACUAAAACUUAACGAGUACAAUGGCACCGCCUAUUCGGUACAGACAGAUUUUGUACCCCUCAACGAAGUGGCCGCUGCUGAUGAAGCAUGGCACAGCAAAAUGAGUGAAGUUAUGGAACGCCAAGAACAGGAUAUAAAGAAAAUUCAGCGGUUAUUAUCGGAUGCUGAGAGCAUGUGGAAAGACUUGCCCAGACUUGCAGACCUCCACCGCUCGACAAACCAGACCCUCGAAGCUUUAUCCAACACCACGGGUACGACAUUACACAACAUGAUAAUGUUAACAACAAAGGUAGAGACAAAAAUUCGAGAAAUGGGUGACAAGUUGGGAAUGACAAAUGAAGACAUCCAACGAAGUUUGACACAAAGCAACACUAUGACAGAACAAGCAUUUAACGGCAUUUUUAGGAGUUAUGACUCUCUUCGUGCUGAGGUUCAACUGUUGGCGAAAAGUGAUAAAAUGAUUCAAGAGACAUCAGACAACGUACUCGCUACUAAGAAACGGCUGGAGUACGUUGUCAAUCAAAUCAUUAUGCAGUUGGCAGAUGUCAUCAGGGGACAACAUAAAAUUGCAAAUAAAGCAACAAAUACAAAGUUCGAUGGCAUCCAGCUUGCCAUAACAAACAACCAGACGAUCGCACUCAACAAACUUACUUCCAGCCUUGAGAUUGAGAUGUCUAACGUGUGGAGACAGAUCGGCAUCAUGCAUGAAAAAAUUAGGCAGAGCCAGAAAGCCCUCAUUAAACUAUCUGAAAGUUCGGAGCAAUAUGUUAAUAGCAGCACGGCCACAAUGGAAAAGCUGAAAAACGAAGUGAACGGUAUAAACACAAAAAUGAUCGACUUGAAAGAAAAUAUGAACUUCGCACUCGGCGAAUUGUCUAUAGUGACACAGAAAUUUCAAAUGAUGACCUCGGAGCUUAAUAAAACCUUAAAUAGUAUUAAUAAUAAUACUACUGAUGUACCAAGGAUUGCAGACGCUGGCCCUGGACCUCACAACAUCACAGGCGAAACGUAA